AUGCAUUUAAAGAUUUAUCUAUAUGUGAUUCAAUAUCUAAUAUUUUGCAAUCAAUAUGAAUUUAUUACUGGAAAAGCUAUGAUGGGUCAAAAUAUUAAACAUGCUGCACCUGGAGAAUUCACUUACAUAGUAUCAUUUAUGAAAAUUAAUGAAAGAAAGCCUAAUACAGAAAAUGAUUAUUUGUGUACAGGGACGCUAGUUUCAAGAAAAGAUAUUUUAACCGUGGCACAUUGUUUUAAAUUUUGCACAAUCGAAUUUAGUGAAGCAAUUGUAGGAUCCGUUGAUUUAAGAUCUGGUACAAAAUUUUAUCCAAAAAAAUUAAUAACUCAUUUUAUCUGGUCGACAUAUAAAAAAUUACGUUCAUUGAAUAUGCAUGAUAUUGCUAUAGCCAAACUAGAUAACCCUGUUCCUGAUGAAAUCCAAAUAGCCCCACUUUCAAAAUUAACCAAUAUUCACUCCAAAAAAUUAAAUGUCGUAGUAGCAGGUUGGGGUGAACAAAAUAAUGGAAAAAUUUCAAUGAUUAUGGAAACUGCAAACUUAGAAACCAUACCAAAUGCGCAGUGUGUUCAAAAACUAAAGAAACUCAAUGUAAAUAUAAAUGGUUUGGAUACAAAACAUAUAUGCGCUAUUGGAAAUCCACCUGUAAUUAUGUGCAGAGGGAACAGCGGCAGUCCAUUGUUAUAUGAAAAUACUUUAAUAGCGAUUCAUGAAGGAAUUUGUCCACACGAAGAAAAUUCUAAUCAUAUUGAAAAAAUAAAUAUGAAUUUGUCAAUUGAUUAUUAUAGAAAUUUCAUAUAA